AUGCAGUUUACCACCGCUCUCGUUUCCAUCUUGGCUACUGCCGUCAUCGCCGUUCCCACUGGCAACACCGGCGGCGGCGGCGGCUCUACCCCCUACGAUGCUUGCUCUGGUCUCUACGACAGCCUUCAGUGCUGUGCCACCGAUGUUCUUGGAGUUGCGAACCUCAACUGCGCUCCCCCUCCUGCCGUCCCUACGUCUGCCAACGACUCUAGCAAAGUAUGCUCCGCCAUUGGCCAGCGUGCCCGCUGCUGCAUUCUUCCCAUCCUGGGCCAGGGUAUUCUUUGCCAGGCUCCUCUUGGUGUUCCCCAGUGA